CAGUGAUGUCCCCUGGCACAGAUGUGACCCUGGCCAACAAUGCGUUUUCAGCUCAGGAUGUUGUACAACCUUUAGAAACAGAGGUGGCAGCAGUUCGAAAAGACAUGGCGAUGGCACAGAGCCAGGAAGGGCUAAGUGAAGAUUCCCAGCUAGUGUCUCUCCCAAGUAAGGGAGGCUCACCUGCACCUCCUGGCCUGAUUUCAACAGAACCAAUCAAAAACACAGGCCAAAAGUAUAACUUGCCAACUGAUGAAGAAUCUGGGAUACAGAAAUUAGAACAGAAGAAACCACUCAACAGUCAGCUUUCUGAAGCUUCUUUGGAGACCCCAGGAAUAGCCAGGCCAGAAGAAGGAAAGGAGGCUGAGUCCAGAAAUGACAUCUCUACCCCACCCAAUAAGGAACUCCCACCCAGCCGAGAGACGAGAACCAAGCCUUUGGCCACCACUCAACCUGCAAAGACUUCAGCAUUGAAAGCCAAAACACAGCUCACUCUUGUCCCUAAGCAGCCAGCUCCUACCACCUCUGGUGGGGUGAAUAAAAAACCCAUGAGUCUUGCUUCAGGCUUAGUACCAGCUGCCCCACCCAAACGCCCUGCUGCUGCCACUGCCAGGACUUCCACCUUUCCUUCAAGAGACCCCAAGCCAAAGCACAUUACAGAGGCGAAGGUUCCUGAGAAGCAGGCCCUACCAUCCAAGCCCGCCUCAGCCCUGGCUUUCCGCUCGGGGCCCAAGAGCAUCUCAGCUGCUCUGAAGGUUGCACCAGCUGCUGCCCCUGCUUCCACAGGGCCAAGCAGUAGAAGUCCUCCAGUGUCAGCAUCCAAAAGGCCUGCUGCUCUUAAGAUGGAGGGCAGAUCCGCAGACACUAAGAAGAUGACGGUGAAGUCCGCACCAGCUGACUUGAGUCGCACCAAGGGUACCCCUACCAGCUCUGGGAGGAAAGCCACCACUCCUACAGGGGCAGCUCCUCUGGCCACAGCGGCCCCCACUCGGGUCAAGCCUACCCCACUUUCCCGGCCCUCUGUGUCUCCUUCCGUGGACAAGAAACCCACUGUGGCCAAGCCCAGCUCUUCUGUCCCCAAGCUGAGCCACCCAGCCACUGCAGUCCCUGCCCCCGAUCUGAAGAACAUCCGCUCCAAAGUUGGCUCCACAGAGAAUAUCAAGCACCAGCCCGGAGGGGGCCAGGACAAAAUAGAGAAAAAAACAGGUGUCACCACAGCUCGAAAGCCUGAACCUAAUGUAGUCACUAAAACAGCUGGUCCUGUUGCGAGCACACAGAAAUCGCCUGUUGGGAAAGUCCAGAUAGUCUCUAAAAAAGUGAGCUACAGCCAUAUUCAGUCCAAGUGUGGUUCCAAGGACAAUACUAAGCAUGUCCCUGGAGGUGGGAAUGUCCAGAUCCAGAGCCAGAAGGUGGACAUCUCCAAGGUCUCCUCCAAGUGUGGUUCCAAGGCAAACAUCAAGCACAAGCCCGGUGAAGGAGAUGUCAAGAUUGAGAGCCAGAAGAUGAACUUGAGGGAGAAGGCCCAGGCCAAGGUGGGAUCGGAUAAGGUGGGUCACCUGCCUGCAGGAGGCACCGUGAAGACUGAGGGAUGUGGCAGCAAGGCCCCUCCGUGUCCAGGGCCCCCCAAUGGGGAGGACUCUGAGGCUGCGCCUGAUGCGAGGCCCCCCCCCCCCGCUCCAGCUGGUGGCCUCAAUGGCCUCAUCACCCAGUCUGGGGGUGGUGACCAAAGGGAGGCCCAGACCUUGGACAGCCAGAUCCAGGAGACAAGCAUCUAAUGAUGACAUUCUGGUCUCGUCUUCCGUCUCCCCUUUUAACCUCCUCUUGUCUUCCCCAUUUCCCCUCCCGCCCCUCCUCUCCUGAAC